CAGUGCGGCGGCGCUGCCAGCAGGGAGGGAGGGAGUCUCCUGCUCUGUGACACGCUGUUUUGUUUGGACCUUGGGUGAAAUCUGUUGCCCCUCGGCAGUGGGCCUGGCGCAGGGGCCUGGGCAGCCCUGCAGACCGUAGCCCUAGGGCAGGUGCCCAGCGUGGCCCAGCUCCCCCUACCAGCGCGCUUCAACCCUGGCCUGAGGAACCACGAUCUGUGUGGCCAUAGGCUAAGCUCAACCUCAGUGGCUUGGCCUCCUGGCUCCCAAUGCCAGCCAAGGGGCCAGGUGCCAGGUGUGAACACUGUGACACAGACAUCUGCCUGCUGGGCACUCGGCUGCCGCACCCCCUUCAUGCACAAAACCCCUUCCCAAAGAGCUGUCACCUGGGAGUGUUUGGCUCCUGCUAGUCCCUUGGAGGAGGAAGACAAGCUUGUUAUCAACCCCCUGUACCAGCCAGAGCGAGCCCAGCUGAGCUGCUGGCAGCUCGGAUACGUGACCGCAAGGUUCCUCAGUGCUCACAUGGCCAGAAGGACUUCAUCCCGGAUAGCUCAGAAGAGCAGGCAGAGAGGCUGCACCGGUGCCGGGAGGAGCAUUGGCAGCUCCUGGCAGAGGAGCGUGUGGAGAGGCUGGGAAGUUUGGCGAAAGCUGAAUGGAAGCCACGAGAGGGCAUCGUGGAGCUGAAAUCCCCUGCGGGGAAGUUCUGGCACACUAUGGGGUUCACAGAGCAUGGCAAACAGUGCCUGCUGCCAGAGGAAGCCCUCUAUCUACUGGAAUGCGGCUCUAUUCAGCUCUUUUACAGGGACCUGCCCUUGUCCAUACAAGAAGCCUAUGAGACCCUGCUGUCCCAAGGGACGGUGAGCCUGCUGCAGUACCAGGUGUUCAGCCACUUGAAGAGACUGGGUUACAUUGUGCUGAGAUUCUGCCCCAGUGCUGUUCCAUCUCAAUACGAGAGGCAGCUGAAUCUGGACAGUUUUCCCAAGACCUCUGGAAAACGCCAUCGCAAAAGGAAGAGGAGCUCCAGCUCCCGGUUACAAGACAAGAAACCGAAGGCAUCUGGGAAUCCUCCAGAAGGUGAAGAGACCCCAGAAAAGGCCAGUGACAGCUGUGGUGGUCCCAGUCACCCAGCCUCUGGAGGGAGCUGUUUGUCAGAGAAGUCAAAAGAGUCAGAUCCUGCCAGUGGAGAUGGGGAGUCAGCCCAAGUUCCCGCUGAUGCAAUACAACUCAGCAAGCCCCCCAGUCUCUCAAAAGCUCAGUCUGGAGACUAUGGGAAGGCUGCUGGGGACAGCUGCAGUGACACCCACCUGCCCCGCUGGGACUUCACCAGAAUCGCCUUCCCCAACAUGGCUUCUGACUGCCCCCACACAUUCCUGCCACAGCCUGACGAGAGACUGCUCCCGGAGAAUGUAGUUGGGCGGGAGGCCGACGCCACCCGCUGGCUCAAGCUGGUCAACCAAAAGCGUGAGAAGUUGUCACGGAAGGAGCGGGAGCAGCGGGAGAGGGAGAGCAGAUACAAGAGCAGCAUCAAUGCAGACAGGAAGGUGAGGUGCUGCUCCAACUGGCAGGAGUACAAGGAGCUUGUGAAGCAGAGGAGCCAGCGGAGGGCAGGGAGGCUGCCUUCGCACCUGUGGGACCAGCCUGUCACCCCGCUGGUGAAGCCGGAUCAAGUGGCCUCAGCAGCUGCUGUCCUCCAGCAGAUCAGUGUGCUGCAGCCUUUCCACAUCCUGGAUGGAGCCUUCCGGCUGCAGGAGGAUAUGGAGGGCAUGAAGAUAGACUUCAAUGUGUAUCAAGCAGAUGCAGUUGCCAACUUUAAGAAGAACAACCCUGGGAAGCCGUAUGCCAGGAUGUGUGUGCGGAGGUUUGACGAGCAGAUCCCAUCUCUGCGGGCACUGAAGCAGCUUGCCUAUCGGAGCGAGGAUGUCCCGGUGGUCUUUGCACUGGUGGACAAUGGAGACAUUGCUUUUUAUUCUUUCAAGGAGUUCAAGCUGCCUGUUGAUAUUUAUCACUGAACUUGCCAUCCCUUGGAGAAAUGGCUUUGGGAAAAAGGGUGAGGGACUUUACUCAAGACUUAAUUUCUUGAUUCAUGGACUAUUAUAUCAAAUAGAAUCUCUGAUAACCAGUCUGCGUGCAGGAGGGGUAACCACCUUAUCCACUGCUACAGGCCUCAGCCAGCUAGGAACUAGCUCAUUCGUAAAAGCAAGAUGCACUCCCAACAAACAAGCAUGAUGUUCUGUGCUUUAGUAGAAGCACUACUAGUUGGAGCAUGCACUGCUUUGUUCUUUAAUCCACUGGUUCUUCAGCUCUUAUCAUCCUCUGGACCACUUCCCCAUGACGUUCUCUUUGUCCUUGUGGGCCUUUAGAACUCACUUCACUGGCGAUUCACACAUGAUAUUCUGAGAACCACUGGGCUAGGCCAGUCUGAAUGCAACAUAAGAAUGGUUUAAGAACCACUGCUGUAGAUGAAUCAGACUCAUAAGCUGACCAGGAUAGUCAAUGGUAUAGCAAGCCUCUGUUACUCUACUUCACCAACACCCAUCUAAUAAAAUCCUUAGCAAACUAUUGGUGUGAUAGAAAUAAAGGCACUGCAACAGAACUCUUCUACAGAAAUGAUGAUGCCGGCUUUGCCUUGGUAUUUGUAUGCCAGCAGGAGAUAGUAAUCCUGGGCGAACGCUCCUCGCCAGUAAUCCUCAACCUUAUAGAGCUGCUUUGUAAGCCAGUGGAGUCACAGAGAGCCAUGAAGUCACUGCAGAGGAACAUGCUAACAUUGUAUUAUGGUGUUUGUGUUGAGAUGUGUCAUUGCAAGAUGGUGUCAUCCCCUAUUAAAACUACAGCACACAGCGUCACAACAUCUCACCAUCGCAAUAGUGUGACCCCGUUUCCAUUUGACGCCCUUUCUUCUGGAUGCAGGUACAUGUUUCUCACUCUCUCUUGCAAGUGAGAGGAGCUCUGAUUAAACCUGCAAAUUCCCCAUGAGCUGAGCCUGGUAGUUCUAUGGGUCUAGUGCUCCAGGCUGAGGAUCACCGUCCUAAGCAUUGACGGUAUCACCCAAUUGCCUUCUAACCGUCGUCAGCAUGGGAACCCUCCCCCUGAAUCUCCUGAUACCAGACUCUUUAACCUCUAUGCAAAAAUGCCAGUGUGACUAGUACUAGAAAGUCCUGGUCUGUGGCUAAAAGGGACUCCUAAGGGGCUCAGGGUUCAGCUUUCUUAAGAAGUGUUACAGCCAAUGUUUUAGCUGCAUUUUAAUUUGAUACAGACUGUUUGGGUGUUUUGGUUUUUUUGGAGGGUUGGGGGCUAAAGUAAUAAAAAAGCCUUUUCCAACAAUGCAAGCCCCUGAGUGUGGGUAUUUAUUUAUUAAUGUUUCUGAGAAAAUUGAUCAGUAGUGUCUUGUCCUGUGAGAGGGCAGCCUGUGGAACUGCACUGUCGCUGAAUGCAGUCAUACCGACCCAGAGACCCUGUGUGUCCAGCACGAUCCCUGGGGCAUGGAAUCCUAAUGCUGUGCUGCUGUAAGCUUGGUACAUCUUCCUUGUGUAUUGCCACACGUGCCAUCGUGAGAUGGCAGAGUCUCUUGCCCUGAUUGCUGUGUGUAUCCCUGUGAUUAGUUGGCAUGUUGGCCCAAAUCAUCAGCUGGUGUAAGUGGGCAUAGCUGCACUGACUUCAGUAGAGAAGAUGCUGAUUUGCUCCUGCUGAGGUUCUGAACUAAUAUUUACCCUCUUUCUCCCUGUACCCCCAAUGCACCUUCCUAGCCACUAGAAGGAAAUAAGGGUGCCUCGGCCUGCUUGGGGGAUGUGAAGGGCUGGACAAGGUUGGUGGCAGCUCCAUUCUGCUUAUUCAGCAUUCUUCCAUGGUUCAGGCAGUGUGGGGAGAGCUCCUGUGAUCCGCCUGUUCUUAGAUAGAGCAAAAAGAGCUCCAAAUUUAUCCCUGGAGUUAGGCAGACCCAACUCCUGUUGACGUCAAAGUUGCACUUUCUUACUCCAAGGCAAAAUUUGAUGGACUCCACAAGAGCUAUAGGAUGAGUUUCGCUGGGGUAGACAAGACUCUCUGACUCGGCACAAAACAAUUACAAUCUAAUAAUCACUUUGGGAAGGAUUGAGAAACUGUAGCUGUAUUGCUCAGCUGCUUUGGAUGCCUGUACGAGAAUUGAAGCACAAAGCAGAUGGAUAUCCAGACUCUCCUCCUGCCCAUGCCACUGAACAAUCUGACGUUUUGCAAGAUGGCAGCAGGAGGCUAGAAAGGGGCAUAAAUCUCUUUUGAAAUACAGCUGAAAAGUGGCCACUUUGUGGAAUUUGUCCCAUUGGAUCAGUGCCUGUUGCAGCAUCAUACCAUUGCAACCUAAAAAAAGUUUUGACUGGGCAUUGGACUGCCAUUCUGCAGCAGUGUGGCAUGACAGCAUGUAUUUUGGACCAGUUAAUGUCCCCUCACGUUAGGACAUGUGAUGAAGCCACAAAUCUUGGUAUUUCUAGCAAUCCUGGUGCUUCUAGCUAUGUGAUCUUUCCAAGGGUGCUGACUAGAAUGUGUUCAACUUUCUCUAAAGGCUUACAAAACCAAAACCAAAAAAAGUGAAUGACAGGCAGGGUCAUUUCCUGGUGUCUAGCUUCACACUUCAUGCUAACACAUCAGUCCUCAUACUAGUGGAGCUGUUUGUAGGAAAACAAGAUAAAAAGGACAAAAUCCCAUAGAGUAAUGGUGCAUUCAGCUCCGUCAUUCUGUGAAAACUAAAUUUCUCAAUUCCUUUUAUUUCUUUGCCUCCUCUAGGUCUCCUCUGUGGCCUAGCUACCUCCAAGUCUGUGAUUCAUCACAGGCAUAAGUAUAGAUCAUUACUUAAUCAUCAGCCAAUCAGCUUUGUCCACCUAUGAACAAUGCAAGAAUCUUUUAUGCAGGGAUAGAUUUGAACAUAGACCUCAUUGUGAAGUGGGGAUGUGCACCUGUGUGCCCCAUAAAUUGACUGUCCCUGUGGAGGGAAAGGCACAUUGUUAAAAAUCCCUUUUGUCUGACAAU